AUGAGCGAGGGCGACUGGCGAAGUUCCAUUAUUGACCGAGGUCGUUGGGCCGCAACAGGGCUGGAUGAUUUAUGCGUUCGUUUCAUCAUUAAUCUACCUCGCGAAGAGCUUGAAUCAGUGGAACGAAUUUGUUUCCAAGUAGAGGAGGCACAAUGGUUCUACGAAGACUUCAUUCGCCCGCUCGACCCCGCCUUGCCUUCUCUAACGCUUAAGUCCUUCGCCAUGAAAAUCUUCCGGCAUUGCCCUCUGAUGUCGAAUUGGUCCGAAUAUCACCACAAUGCUGCAUUUGCGGAAUUUCUGGCUUAUAAAACGCGAGUUCCUGUCCGUGGCGCCAUCAUGUUGAACAAAGAGAUGGACGAGGUGGUCCUGGUGAAAGGUUGGAAGAAAGGUGCCAACUGGAGCUUUCCCCGAGGCAAAAUCAACAAAGGCGAACCCGAUCUAGAUUGCGCGAUCCGCGAGGUCUACGAGGAAACCGGGUUCGAUGUUCGUCAGGCAGGUUUAGUGCCGGAUGACGAAAAGGUCAAAUACAUCGAAAUUGCGAUGCGAGAGCAGCAUAUGCGACUCUACGUAUUCCCAGGUGUGCCCAAGGACACUCAUUUUGAACCUCGUACCCGCAAAGAAAUCAGCAAAAUCGAUUGGUACAAGCUCUCGGAACUUCCUACAUUCAAGAAGAGCAAGCAGCACGAUGAGGGACUAGCGGCAAAUGCCAAUAGAUUCUACAUGGUUGCUCCUUUCCUGACCCCUCUCAAGAAAUGGAUCUCGCAACAGAAGAAAAACGCCUCUAAGACCCAGGUGGGCUAUGCUUCGAUGGAUGAGAAUGGACAGCAAGCUGGUAACACCCCGACCUUGUAUGCGGCUACCACAAGUGAUCUUCCUGAAGUGACCUCGACUCAAGAUGCUUCUUCUCACCUGAAGCAGCUGUUGAACAUUGGUGGCAUGCCUAGCAUGCCAACCUCGCAGCCCCUGCAAUCAUCGGCUGUUGACAAGUCCAAGUCCGAUGCACUACUUGGCUUACUGAGAGGUGGCUCGCAGGAGACGGUUCCCGCGGUACACCAUCCGGCUAUGGCUUUCUCUAAUACCACAAAUCCCAGCAUGCCACCCGUAGCGCAAUCAGCUCCUUUUGCGCCGAACUUCUUCCCUGGAUUUCCUCAACAACGGCCCCAAAUGGCUACUUCGAGUUUCAUGCAGCACACAAUAGCACAAGGACAACCGCACUCGGAUAGACGGCCUGUCAACGACCCUGCCCAGAAUAUCUCCAGCCAGGGCUUCCAUUCUACCGCUCAGCACGAGCUUUCUGGAUCCUCUGUUCCUCAAUUUACCCAUCCACCUGGGUCCCAUUUCUACAAUCACCCGCAUCAGUCGCCAUUUUUAACUUCGGCGCCGCCAAAGCAAACUGCUCCCUUUCAAUCUACGGGAGAUCCUCUGUUCUCUCGUUCAACGGAGCCCUCUCAGGUUCUCGGGGCCAGGGUGCCCCCAGCGAGCAAAUUGCCACCGCCCAAGCUCACGAGCCAGUCUCGGGCGCUUCUUGACGUCUUCAAAGGCAAUGUCCUUGGAGCCGCGAAAAGCCCCCAAGCUGCGCCACUGAGUGUUCCAGGACAAGGCCAGCCUCUGGCUCGCAAGACAUCCCAGCACCAAGAAGGUCUUCUAGAUCUAUUCAAAGGCCUGCGUGCUGUGCCGGCAGAGUUGGGAGGUCAUCCUGUACCGCCUGUUGCGCCAGCUGAGAAACAAAUUCUUCAACGACCGUCGCCAAAACAAAAUCGCAAUAUGCAGCGUGCAAACGCCACCGUUGGAACUGCUCAGACACCGGACACGGUCCCUAGUCAUAUGGGGAUGCAACAUCUCAAUACAGGGCCCAGACAGUCACCCAAACAGAGACCAAAUGGGUCAAGCCGGGGAAUACAUACAGGUCGGCGAGAGCCUUCCCAGCCACAGCAGCUAUCAUCGCCUAUUACCAUUCUGCCGAGGCCACAGUCAGCAAAGCGAGAGACAUCUACUUCAAUGAUCCAACCACCUGUACCAAAAGCACCGUCUCAGCCUCAACCUCAAAUGCCUCGAGCUGAGACCCCCGAUCUCGUUAAACCUUUUCAUCCACAGAUUCUCCGGCGCUCCGAGAAGGUCGACUACGAGGAGUUCUUGAAGAAUUCGUCCAAGAUGGAAAGCGUGGACCGGAAAACUAGCCUGGCUGGCUUGCAGAAAAACGCAUCAGAUCUGGCGCCUCAGUCCAACUUAGAUCGUCGCCCCAGUCAGAAUGCGGCUCAGAAGGGUGCGCUUCUUGCUCUGUUUGGCAAGGCUGCCUCACCAUCCCCCACCAUGCCCGUUCAGCUUGAUUCUCGGCCUGCAAACCAGCACUCUUCCACUAUUUCCGGUGUGGUCAGCCCUCUUUCAUCCUUCCACUUACCUGGUAGUGGAGGCUCUCUUCUCGCCAUGGUACACCUGUGGCUAUUGAGGGGGAUGUGA